AUGGACAAUUUGUCGGCGAACGUUGGAAAAAGACAGACAUUUCGAUUUCGAUCGUGGAAUGUGAUUGUCAACAAAAGCCACAUUUUGCCAUCAAGAUGUUUAAAAGCGCCUCAUUGUGUUUCAGAUAAUGAAAGUGUUGACACAAGAAAAUGUGAUUUUUGCAAAUUUGAAAAAGAACUGGAGCUUCCCCAGGUCCCAGAAAUGACAUUUGCUAACAAUGUUUUAAGGUUGGAACAUGAUAAUGGAUUUGCCAUUGAGUUUAAUGCACUCGAUGCGUUAAAAAUGGUGGACAGCAAGAAUGAUUCGCUAAAAGUCGCUGUUGCUGAAGCAUGGGCAGAAUCAAGGAUGGAAAGCCCACAUUUAAAAGGAGUAAUUAAACCAUUUGAUUGGACUUACGGCACCAACUAUAAGGGAACUUUGCAAAAUUCAGAUAAAAUACAGGUAGAACCAACUGAAGAACGCAUAGACAUUGAAAAACUGAAAGUAAAGUCAGAAAUUUUGUUUUAUGAAGAUGUUAUUUUGUUUGAAGAUGAAUUAGCUGAUAAUGGAAUUGCUCAGUUUACAGUAAAAAUUAGAGUUAUGCCUGACAGUUUUUUUGUUUUAAUGAGGUAUUUCCUUCGAGUUGAUAAUUUAAUAAUCAGAAUAAUUGACACCCGCAUUUAUUAUGAGGAAGGCACAAAUCAUCUGCUUAGAGAACAUAUGACAAAAGAAAGCAAAAUAAAAGAUUUAAAGGUUCCAAUAGGAUUGCUAGGAAAUCCACAAGAACUGUGGAGUCAUAUGCCAAUCAAACAAUUUGAGUAUGAAAAGCUGAAAAUUGUAUCAUAAUAUUUUUUUGAAAAACUUAAGCUCAUGUAU